AUGAGAUGCGUCUUGAAAAUGAUGGUAGGGAACAAUUUAAAGGACGCUCAAUUACAACAGAUUGUCGAUAAAACUAUCAUGUUUGCUGACAAGGAUGGAGACGGUAAAAUCUCAUUUGAAGAAUUCUGUGAGGUUGUUAGUGGUCUUGAUGUACACAAGAAAAUGGUUGUUGAUGUAUAA